AUGGACAUUAUUACAACAACUGAAUCGUCUGCCUUAAAACUCGAAUAUAAUAAAGAAAUUGAAAAAGCGCAAAACCUAAGGAAAAAUGUAUUGAGAGAACUUAAAAUGGGAUUUGUAAGAAUAGAACAUAAUAAAACAAUUGAAAAUAUUAGAGAACAGAUUGGUCCAACAAAAAUUAUUAGUAUUGAUCCCACUCUAAGUUAUGCAGCUAAAAUAAAGUCUUUCCUUUCAAAACUUAACAAAAAGCAACGUUUUUCUAAUGAUGAGCAUGGAAGCGUAUACCCGAGUGACCCUGUCCCACCACGUUUGUAUGGGCUAAUUAAAGCUCAUAAACAAGAAAAAUUUUAUCCGAUGAGAGUAGUUGUAUCAACUAUUGGCAUACCUUGUUAUGGAAUUUUGAAUUACUUGGUUAAAAGAAUACAACCGGUCUUAAAUGAAAAUCCUAUUAAGUUAAAAAAUUCAAAAGACAUUAUUAACAAAACUAAGUCGUGGCUGAUUGACAAAGAUGAAAUACAGGUAUCCUUUGAUAUUGUCAACUUAUACCCAUCAAUACCAUUAAAAGAAGCAACUUUAAUACUUUUGGAUCAAUUAAAUAAAAGCGUUUCUUACAAAAACUCAACUAAACUUACUUUAACUGAAACAAAACAACUAAUUGAGCUUUGUUUGUUUCGUUGUUAUUUCUUGUGGAAUGGUGAGAUUCAUGAGUUGGAGAAUUCAGGCCCAAUUGGAUUUUCUUUUAUGGUUGUUUUGGCUGAAUCUUUUUUACAAUACCAUGAGGAAAAAGCAAUAAAAAUGGCAACGACAAUGAUUCCUUUAAUUGAUAUUAAAUCCUUUCAUAGAUAUGUAGACGAUAGCCAUGCAAGGUUUUUUAACUUAAUUCAAGCGGAACAGUUCCAAACAAUUCUUAACAGACAACAUCCUUCUUUAAAAUAUACUAUUGAGGUUGAAAACAAAAAUAAGAUACUUAACUUUUUGGAUAUAACUAUUAUUAAUAAUACCCAAGGAAAAUAUGAGUUCAAGGUUUACAGAAAGGAUGCGAUAACCAAUAUCCAAAUCAAACCUCAUUCUAAUCAUGAUCCUAAAAUUUUACAAGCAAUAUUCAAAGGAUACAUACACAGAGCAUACUCAAUAUGCAGCGAAAACCAUUUAAACGUUGAGAUAAAUUUUUUAAUUCAAGUGUUUACUGAAAAUGGAUACGAUGAAAAAAUGCUUAAAGAAAUUUCUAAACAGGUUCGAAAAAAACGUUUUGCGAACAAAAAUGAAAUUCCAUCAAACUCUAAUAAUCUUCCUACAAUCUCUUUACCAUGA